AUGCCUCGAGCGUCCGGCCCGGGCAAGCGACAACAAGGCGCCUCCUCAGGCCACCGCGAUUCGAAGCACGACAAUGGGCUUGUGAGCCCUGCAAAGCGCAACGCUGGUAGAAAGAGUCAUGGCCACCAACUCGACGGCUCUGCGAGACCCCCCGACCACAGCGCAGGCCACGCAGGGCCGUCACCAUCGCCGCCUCUUCUUCCCUUGCAUGCCACCGCCCAUCCCCAUGCAUCGUCGUCCAAGAGCAACUCUGAUGCCGCCAUCGACACCCGGUCCGCUGAUUUCACGAGAAGAGGCUCGCUAGGUACCUUCUCCGAAACCUCGUCCGACUCGUGCCCGUCCCAGGCCGGCGCCAACGGCAAUACCCCGAUCGAACCAGGCCACCGCCAGAUCGACCUCAAUGCCAUGAAAAAUGUCGACGUCCACAAGGAUUCAGGCCCUCUGGAAAUGGCCGUCACUGUCGUCAAGUCCCUGCCUAUGCAGGACACUCUGGCCAUUCUGAUCAUCCUCAUGCACGUCCCGCAUUUGUCUCUGUCUCUCAUCUACGCCUUCUUCGCCUUGGUCACCUUUGUGCCUCCUGUUACCACCCGGACUGGCAUGAAUAUCAAUCUGGCCGAGAUCCUGGACAGCCACUCCCAUACUCUGAAUUUCGUCACUCUACUGUGCAUCGACUUCUUCUUCUUUUUGAUAUGGGUGUUCUUGUGGCAGCCCAUACAGGACGGUAUCCUGGAAUUCGCCAAACCAGUCAUUGCCAUCACUCUCGGGGGCGGUACCAAUGCCAAAGACGGCACCUCGAGAGGUGUCACCACGUGUUUUACCUGGAUAUUGCUUCAUCAAAUUAUCCGUGCCACCAGGUCCCACUGGGCAAAGCUGGCCCGACACCUUCCAGAGAACUGGCCUUUGCCCACCCUGCUUACCCAGUCACUCGAACCCAGGUCUGUGGCGUAUGAUAAGAGAAGCACGCACGGAUGGAUUCAAAGUAUAUUGGCCAUGCAUAUUCUCACACAGGGCAUUGUUCGAUAUGUGCGCGAAUGGUAUUUGAAACGCGAAAAGUACAAUGCGGCAUCCGGCUUGAGCGACCCUGAAGCCGGAAAGUCGUCCUCUCUCGGCAACUCCUCCGGGUCGCUUGGCGGCGGUCACCAGAAUAGCUCCCAAUCGUUGGAAUCGAGCAAUGACGCUGGCCUCGCAGGCGCAGAUGCCGAUGCUGGUGUGCCUCACCCCCCAACCUCGACAAACCUGACCACGACAAAGAAACGGCGGAAGCAAAACGCCCAAGUCCGUCUGCAACAGCCGUUAUGGGCCGCCGUCGCCAGCACCAAGAUUGUGGUCAUGAAGGAAAUGGAAUUGUCAAAGUCAGUCCGGCCAGACGGAAUUGUGAACAUCCAUACCAACGAAGGCACAACGUUUGAAAAGAAAGACAGGCAAAUAUGGAUAUCAUACAUUGGCAGUGACGAAGUAUGCUUUAACACGAGUUAUUUUUCCGAUUCUAAAACAGACAUACCGCAGGAACCGAUGAAGUCUAACGGGCACGUCAAGACAACCCGGCCGUCCGGGGUAGAUUCAUCUAAACCAUUUUACGUAAGGAUAAACAAUGCUUUUUGGCAGCCUACCCGCAUAUUUCCAAUUGACGAGGUGGACGAGGACGACGAAGACAAGGAUGGCAAGCGGGGCAAGCGCAUUCGGUGGACAGGCGACAUAUAUGGACUGCGACCAGCGUCCAAGUAUGUCUGCGAGUUUGUCGACGUGGAAACUGGCGCCGUCAUAUUUUCCACCAGCAUACGCACCGUCAAGGAACUUCUACGAGAAGACGACCCGCUAUCGCCGGUAUUCCCCCCGAGUCAGCAACCUCUUCGACCAGACUCCCCGGCAACGAUUCUGCGAACAUCCAUUGCGGCCUCGGAGGCGAAGCUCGCCGAAGAAAAGUCUCGCCUCAGGACUUUGCGCAAGGAUCUAAAAAUCAAGAUCAAUGCCGUGAGAAAGGAGAAUGAACUUGUCGACAACCAGCUUUCCUCGGCAGGCAACAGCGAUGAAAAGCACAAGCAGAAAAUCCGUCAGCAAGAGACUCAAAAGGCCCAAGCGGAACGCGAUACUGAAUCCCUGACAGGGGAGCUCAAGAACUUUGACACGGCACCAGAACUCUCGGAGCGCAAGAAGAAGAUGGAAAGGACGUAUGCAGCCGAGAAGAAGACGUUUGAUGCCGAGCAAAAGGAGUUCAAGAAGCACAAGUCUUCUCUGGACGCAGAGGUCAAGACCAAGGAGCUUGAAAUGUCCAACCUGAACACUCGACGAAACAAGAUAGCGACACGCAUUUCCAGAGUGGAAACAGAGCUGAACCACAUCACAGACGCCAACAAUCGUGGCCUUGGGGAGGCCGAGCGUCGCAACCAACAGCGGGCACUCUGGUUGAGCCAUGCGGCUUCGAUCGAGCACAACAUCAGCGAACGUCUUAGCAUGGUCCACGGCAACAAUAGGGCCAAGAUGAGGCAAUAUCAACUCUUACAGGGCCAGACUCAAGCAUAUAGUGUGUACUUGAACUCGGCCAACGGCAUGCCGGGGGAUGACGGCCCUACGAGUGGUGCGCAGCCGGCAACGUGGAAUCCGAACCCUGUCGUGGCACCAAACUAUCCUCCGGGAAUGUGGCCAGGCUCUUCCAGCGAUUUGAUCCCUCCUGUGGCUGCGCCGUCGACACAUGCCAGUGCUCCAGGCUGGCAGCCUCCUCCUUCUGCCCCUCCAUUCGAGCCGCGCGGAGCCAGGUCUAGGGGCCGCAGCUCCAGCAUGCUUAGUGACUUGAGCGGGUUCACGGAACCCAGCGAUGAAGGCUCCGUCAAGUCACCGCCGAUUAUCCUUCGCCGGCCGGGACCAGGUCUUCUGGGACGGAACGGCACAAGUGGCGGUAGCAGCGCCAGUAGCGGCAGCGCCAGUUUUGGUGACCCAGCGAGUCCAAGAUGA